CCGCUCGUCACGUGAGUGGGAAGGAGGCGGCACUCGCUCGGAAAACAAAGGCGCCGAUGAAUAUCUCACCGUCCGAUGGAACCAAGCAUCAUUGAUCUCGUCAAGAUUCCAAUCGCUACACCACAGAUGGAUGGGACCCAGACGUGACCCUGUUGCCGACAGGACCGUUUACCUCACCCCUCGCGUCGCUCUCUGCGUCGUCACGUGAGUGGGAAGGAGGCGGCACUCGCGCGGGAAAACAAAGGCGCCGAUGAAAUGGGAAGAAGACUAAGUCAGAAAGGGCACUCGGUUGCGUCGUCUCGUCUUCCUCUUCUGUUUCUCCUUCAAUCUUUCGAGGGUACAAACGAAAAAGAGAGGAGCGCACUCUUUUCCGCCACAGGUCAUCGAGACUUCGAGACUAUCGAGCAAGUCCAACAGGCCUUGCCCAAUCUCCGCAUUCGGAGUUGUUCAUGUCGUCUUGGGUUCCCCUCCGAAUCCCCAGUUGGAAGCCAAAAUCGGAGCCACAGUAUGUUUGCACAAACCUCUGGACUUGUAUUCUUUGUCAGCAUGGAAAUGAUCAGAUAUUUCAUAAAAGUAAUAACAUGAAGCCUAUUAAGGUGCCCUCUGUGAGAGACAUCUUGGGUGAUGUAAUGGACUCAGUGUUGCUGAUGAUUCUGCACGGACGAAGGAACAGUCUUUAAGCAUCUGCUUCCGUGCUCUGUACCAUGCAGAGACAAGUUCUGUACUGUUUACAGCAACGAGGACUCCGUGCAGAUGCCUGAAAUCUCACCCUCCGCAGCUCAUCGGAAAUAGCCAAAUUAUUUGGAGAGCGACACAAAAAUCCAAGGAAAUGAAAAGACGUUCCUCCAUCCAUCUCGUCCUUUUGCGCCUUCUUUUAUCAAUGCCCAUCUGGUAUACGAUGAUAGUGUGGAAGCAAAUGGGAUUCGGUGAACAUGGGUGGGAAUCAUUGGAUCCUUCUCGAUCUGACAUCGUUAUUCCACGACGAGUACCUGAUGAAAUGCGCUCAAACGAGGAACAACUGCUAGGCCGAGUUGGGACAGACUUCCACCGAUGAAGAUGCUAAUCCAUGUAUGUAUGCAUUGGUGCAACGUAUCAGCGAAUCAAUACAGCUUAUGGCCACCGCUCUUAACUCGUCCUCGACUCGGUGGGCCCCACGGCCCAGCUGGGCUGCAGCCCUUUCCGUGGACGACACGCAACACGAGAAAGAAGCCCGCGCUCGCGACUUGCGGCACGACGUCAACGUCACGAGUUGGACUCCACCGUUAUCGUGAUGGUGCCGCGGAGUUAACGCCCUCAUGUGCCGCUGCUGCCGUUCCUCGUCGGCUCAUCACAGCGGAGCGGGGCGGGGCGGGGCCCGCCGCAUGUGCAAGGUAGGUGCUUUAAUCGACGGCGAUGCCCUUCUUCCUAUUCCCCGCUAAGCGUGGUGGGCAAGCCGAUCACCAAGUCAACACUGGUAUCAUCAUCUUUGUCACCGCCGCAUAAAGAAUUAGGCAUGCGGCGAAAGAAGCUCGCAAUCAUCACCGACGGGUUCUCGAUCCAACCAAUGGAGGAAUUCCCACAUCCAAACCCACAUGCUGCAUCUCAGUACUUGAUGUAGAAUGCGUCCAGCUCAAGGUUUUCUCCUACUGAAUCCAAAGCUUGAUCUACAGAAACGAUGGAGGUUGAGAAGAUUUUAGCAAAAGAAGGCAGCUUUACGUGAUAUAAACCCAAUCGAGAGUAAUCCACCGGUGUUCAUAAUAUGAGAAAUACAAGUGAGAAGAACAAACAAAGUAUAGCAAGAAGAUAGUGAUGCCACAAUUUGAUCUGCA